UCAUCUUUUGUGCACCUGCCAGCGAAUGGCCGAUGUCGAUGCCAUUCUUGCGCUUGCCAAUCCUGACUGGAAUGAUCCCAACGACAAGAGAUGCAUCGCCGCUUGCCUAGUGAAUGUUGUAUACCAACUCGAAAAGGGCAAGGAAAAGGAAGAAAUGGCCAAUGAAUGUUGCAAACUGCUUGAAUUCAAGGUAUAUGAAAAAAUAAUGGAAACAAGAGGAGGUCAAGAGGUCAUAUUUGGAGCUGUUUUCCAGUGGGUUGGAAAAAGCAGAAGAGGCAAAGAUGAAGGGAAGCCUCCCUCAGAAGUUGUUGCCUUCAGAGGUACAAUCCCUAAAGGAAAGGAUUUUCUCCACAAUUGGAAAGCAGCCAAUGCAUGCCACAAAUCAAUUAGCAGAGGUGACAUUGGCUUACAGUACUUGCAAAGGUGUAUUAAGAGGCAUGGGCCUCACAACAUUUGGAUUGUUGGCCACUCACUGGGAGCUGCUAUUGCAACAGUUGCUGCAAGAAAAAUGGGGAAAGAAGAGAGAAAUAAAAUGGAGGCACAUCUAUUCAAUCCUCCCUUUCUUUCCCCAAGACUUCCUGAGCUGACAUUCUUUGAAAUGGUUGGAAGAAAUUUAGCAGCUGUUCGUGAUAUAUGGCGUUCUCUUGGUUUUGGUGCACCUAAUGCGUUGGAUUUUAUGAUGAUAGAUGAUGAGAAAUUGUGUGCGUUAUAUAAUGAUUUCAUUGGGGUUAGCGGCUGGAACCCCAACAUAUAUGUCGGAAAGAAUGACCCCGUUUCCUGCUCUUACAUCCGCUAUUUUGAGGUGAUGGGAGCUAUGUACAAGGACAAAAGCAAACCCCUUCACGAGCGCAUGAAGUACCUCUUCAGUUUUGAAGUAGCCCAAGAGACAACACCCGUGCAUUUGCUCCCCUCUGCGAAUCUGUUUGUCAAAGACUCGGGAAUUUUCCACCCUCUGGAAAAUCAUUGUCUUCGCCAAUGGUGGUCGAGGAACAUCAAUCUUAAGGUCAAGGCAUAUGUCGCUCCGGUUAAUGCCCCGCGCACUCAAACUUGAGGGGAAGAAAUAUGGUCCCUAGUACUA